AUGGAGCUGGUUGCAAAUUAUGUGGACUACAGUAAAUCAAGCAGCCUGGCUGCUGUGCUGAGAUGGUGUGACACCGCCGGCUUGUACAUUUUGAAGGACGUACCUGAGCAGAAUGUGAAGCAGAAGCUGCGGGCAAUGUGGUGGCAAUCGGCGGUCAUGCGAGUGAUCAAGGCUGAAAUUCAGGUCCGUGGCGCAGCUUGGGAAACCAUUUUCGCGAGCACGGCGGACUCUGGAACCUCAGUGCUCGCAAAUCCUACCCUGACACGGCUGGGAAACACCAGCUACACACUCCAAACUCAGCUGUCACUGGCAAGUGGCGGCACACCGUUGGCUAGAGUUGAGACGGUGAUGGUGCAGUUGGAUUCAGAUCUACAGCGCCCUGUGCCUUUACCGCACAACCAUCUCAAGCCUUUAUUGCGACCGUUGCCAGAAAUCACGAUCCCCACCGUGUGCGAUCCGCCUCCAUCCUGCUUCACAUGGACUGUCCAGGUAAGACCAUCCGACUGUGAUUUGCUGGGUCACAUGAACAAUGCCAGCUACGCUGUUCUUUUCGAAGAUGCAAGACGUGCGGCGAUCGCAGGAGGUUCUGGAGCAAUUGAAGCCGUUGGAUCAGAUGACGGUUUGAGGAUGGCGUCUAUCGAGUACUUGGCUCAAGCAAGAGCCUUUGAUGUCCUCCGAAUUGCAGUAUGGUGGGAUGGUCAGUGCCAUGCUUACGGCCUUGUAAUGCAUACCUGCAGUGCAUCUGUUGUAGCUCGAGCUGUUUUGGUGCCGUUCGAGGUCUCUCGUCUGUGA